AUUUGCUGCCAAACAAGAGUGAAAAUCAAUCAGUGAUAGUUUGAGCAUAUUGACUGUUUUAACUAUCAAUUUUUUUCUGUAUCAAACACAGCAGCUAGUGUACCUCUUUAUCUCUGACUUGUUGUUAAUCUCCGGUCACAUGUUGUGGUGUUCCUGGAAAACACAAAACCCAGAAGUACAACCACAAGUUUAACAACUAUAACUCGGUGAACUCAUCAGGGCGAUCAGCGUUAAACAGACGUCCAUUGUUUGAAUUUGUUACGCGGAGGCUGAGGGCGGAACCUGUUUAUCCGGAGCAGAGCUGGAGUCGGACUCAUUACGCUGCAGCACAGUGGGAGUCGAAGGCAGUCAGGAGUAAUGUGGCUGUGGGUCCAGUCGGUGCUGGUUCCUCUGCUUACUCUGUAUCUAUGCGGGGUUAAAGUUCUGAUUUAUCAGCUCUUCAACAGGUCGUUCACGUUACCAGCCUUACCCAAGCAAAAUGGACGGGUUGCCAUAGUGACGGGGGGUACUAGAGGAAUGGGUUUUGAGACUGCGAGACACCUGGCACGACUUGGCAUGCAUGUAAUCAUAGCUGGGAACGAGAGAGACGAGGGCUUAGCAGCUGUCAGGAGGAUUCAUGAAGAAAUCAGCGAGGGCAAAGCUGAGUUUGUCUUUGUGGACCUGACCUCACUGACAUCAGUGCGACGCUUUGCUCAGACAUUUAAAGUACGAGGUCUCCCCCUGCACGUCCUGGUUAAUAAUGCUGGGACCAUGCUGGUUCCUGAGAGACAGACCGAGGACGGCUUUGAGUUCCACUUUGGUCUGAACUACCUGGGCCACUUCCUGCUGACCCACCUGCUGCUGGACUCGCUGAGCAGGUCAGGGCGACAUGGCUGCUGCUCCAGAAUCGUCAACGUAUCCUCAGCCACACACUAUGCAGGAGUUCUGAACCUGGACGACCUGAACAGGAGGACCUGCUACAGUUCCCACGGCGCUUACUCCCAAAGCAAACUGGCUCUGGUUCUCUUCACCUACUACCUGCAGGAGCAGCUGACGGCUGGCGGCUUCUCUGUGACCGUUAACGCCGUGGACCCCGGCAUGGUGGACACAGCACUAUAUGACAACUUGUGGAGCCUCGCGCAAGCAAUGAAGAAACCAGUGGCUAAGAUUCUGUUCAGGACUCCAGCAGAGGGAGCGGCCACAGCCAUCUACGCUGCAGCUGCCCAGGAGGUGGAGGAGGUGGGUGGAUGCUACCUGUACAACGGCCACAAGACGAGGUCCUCGGAUCUGUCCUACAGCUCAGAGCUACAAGCCAAUCUGUGGAGGAGGAGCUGUGAGCUAGUGGGCCUUAAAGAGGCUGAGACUCUCUGCUGUGGACUCACCCGGAGCAUAGAGGGGUUCACAUCUGAAACCCACAUGUAGACACCACUCACCAUCAACACAUCCACGGGUUGAGUCAGAAAGGAUUGUGGGGCACGCACAAACACACAGUACAGACUUGCUCUUUAUACACAUGGGGGUAAAACACGUCUAAAAUGAAGUUUCCGUUCAUUUUUUCCUGAUCGGAUCAGUAGUUUGUAAUCAAAAGUAGAAGUAAAUUAAUAUUCAGAUAUUUCCAUAUGAUUUCAAUCAGUCUUCACAACGCUGUGCCUUUUUUCUCAUACAAGCCAUUGAGUCAUGAAUGAACAUCAACAUGGUGCUGUCUCUACAUUUAUUUCUGUAUUUAUGACAUAAUGUGAUCAGUAUUAUUGAAAUGUGUCUUCACUUUAUUUUAAAUUGUCAGUUCUCUGAAUCGCUGCCAAUGCUGCUUCUUCCUGUUUAUUAGUUACAGUAAUUAUAGUUCAUUAAAUGAACUGAGAUGAACAACCUGUUUCAAUUACUCCAGAUCUGUGAUAAUUAUGUAUUAUUUUGUGUUCUCAGUUUUACUUCUUGUUGUGUAUUUUCUGUUGUUUUGCUGCAGGUAAGAAUCAGUAACUGGUUCAGUGUGUCACAUUUGAAGCCAUUUUAUUUGCUCUGGGCCAUUUUACUUUCUCCUAUUUAAUCUGUUGGCUUUUCAUUUAUCGUCACUGGAAAGGACACAUUCACUAGGAAGGAUACAGUUAUGAGUGUCAGUAGAGAUCACUACAUU